AUGGUGAUGGAGGGAAAGCGCCACAUCCUUGUCAUUGGAGCUGGAAAGUACUUAUCACAUGCCUACACAUUCAGAAUUUUGGAGAAGAACCAUGACGUUGGGGGCACGUGGCUAGAAAACAGAUACCCAGGCUGCGCUUGCGAUGUUCCAAGUGAUAUUUACCAAUACUCAUUUGCGCCAGCGAAAAAUUGGUCCCAAUUAUUUGCCCCCUCUGAAGAGAUCCAGAGCUAUCUCUCGCGUGUAGUCGAUCACUUCAGUCUUUGGAGUCAUAUCGAAUUAGAGACUUCGGUGAAACGAUGUGUCUGGAUUGAGCAAGAGAGGAGGUGGCUGUUAGACACCGAACACAAUGGUAUCCUUGAAACAGGGAGGAAGGCGGAUAUAUUAAUCAAUGCCGGGGGAAUCCUGAACGACUACCGAUAUCCUGAUAUACCGGGACUAGAAAGCUUCAAGGGACCUCUUAUGCAUACUGCGGACUGGGAUCACUCGGUCAAUCUGGUAGGGAAAAACGUCAGUGUUAUUGGGUCAGGCGCAAGCGCUAUUCAGGUCAUCCCCCAGAUCCAGCCUCUAGUCAAACGGCUGUCGGUCUACAUCCGAACUCCAUCGUGGAUUACUAGACUGCCAGACAGCUUCGGAGGAACAGAGAACUGCUCCAUCGACACCACAGAUAACUAUCUGCAGCGCUGCAAAUUGCUAGAAAGCUACUAUAACCAGCUUUUCCCAGUCUUUUAUCGCGACUCUGAGACACAGAUACGCGAGCGCCAGGAGUUGGCUUUGUGGAUGGAGAACCACAUCACAGAUCCUACACUGCGCAAACGCCUUAUUCCCGAUUACGAGUUAGGUUGCCGCAGAAUAAGUCCAGGAGAACCCUUCCUACGCGCCUUGCAAGAGCCGAACGUUAAAUGCAUAUUCAGUCCGAUCGAGUCAUGCAAGUCAGAAGGCUUACAGACGGCGGACGGUAUUGAGGUAUCCGAUGUUGUUGUUGCCGCAACAGGCUUUAACACCUCAUUUUGCCCUCGAUUCCCGCUAGUGGGCCAGAAUGGUGUAGAUCUUAGGGAGCUAUGGAAGGACGACCCAGCGUCCUACAUGGGUCUUGGAUGUGCAGGCUUCCCGAAUUAUUUGUCGAUGCUCGGUCCUAAUUGUCCUGUUGCCAACGGCAGUCUGAUAGGGAGUCUUGAAGCGACAGCAGAUUUCAUCGUUCGUCUCCUCAAGCGUGUGGAUAGUCACAAUGUUGCCACGUUUGCACCGAAAAGAGGCGCCCAGGAAGACUUCAACUUGCAGGUUGACGAGUUUAUGAAAGAUACUGUCUGGACUGGUAAUUGUACAAGUUGGUACAAAAAAGGCCAGGCUGGAAGAAUAACAGCAGUCUGGCCAGGUAGUAGUCUCCAUUACCGUGAAGUACUUGCCCAGGACCGCUGGGAAGAUUGGAAGUGGACUUAUCCGGGUGGACGCUUCAAGGCAUGGGGUAGGGGAAUUUCCGUUGUGGAACAAAGGGGAGGCGACUAUAGUCAUUACAUGGAACAUGGGCCUCGUAUACCGUAA